AUGGAUGCACCGGCUCCAGAAAAACGACGGCUCAAAGUCACAGUGGGAGCUCUACCGUCUUCCAAAAUCGCAUCUCUAGCAGCGAGCCAUCCAUUUUCUCAACAGAUUGACGUCGUGUUCCCCUCGGAUCCGAGAUUGGUGGAGGCUCUGCGUGGGCUCGAGAUAAGCUACGUGCGGGCGAAGGCCAGACUGGUGGAUAUCCUGCACCACGCUGAUGUCUUCGCGACGUCUGCCAGCGAAAGCGAUCCGGUGAUUGUGUGUUCUAAUGAAGCUGAUGAAGAGGACGUGUGGUGUGUGGACCCACGGGGCCAUCUUUCCCUGUCCGUCACCGCGGAGUCGUAUCAGCGACUGGGACUCCUCGGCCAGAAACUUCCUUUCAAAAAUCAAAGUGAUCGUCACGUGAUUGAUAUCCCGCUACGAAAGAAUGCACAAUCUGCUGCUAACCAAGCGAAACAGAAGAAGAGCCUGGAAAACUGGGAUGAAAGACGUGGUCUUUGGAACGUCAUUUAUUCCGCGAACUCCACCGUCUCUGCUCCCUUCCAGGAAACCACGACAGUUCCAGUGCAAUGUGAGGUACAGGAAUUCAAGGAUAUACUUGUUCCUACACCGUCAUUGUCCGUCCGACCAGAAAAAUCGUCGACCCAAAGAAGUUCUGGGGGGCAACCAACCCGCGACGAAAUUGAGGAUAUGAUAGAGGAUUGGGAUCUUCGAACGCAGAGUCUCUUCGAAUGGGUCGGUAUGGCGUGUCUCGGUGCUCAAAGAUUACGGGCCAAUGACCGUGUCGAUCCGUAUGUCGCUGUAUAUGAACCUCUACAGCCAUCCCAGAUGCAAGAUGUGACGCAUAUACGAUGGCGUGGCCUGCUUAGUCCUGGCUUUGUGAAGCGUGUUAUCGAUACAGUCUGCUCCGGCCUCCAAGGAACAAUAUCGACAAAUGCAUCCUUCAUUGCCAUAACAUGCCAAGCUCUAAGCAGUUCGCCUGUCUCAUAUAUUCCAUACACCACUUCAGCUACAGGUACACUCCAAACGCCGCCCAGUGUCCCUUUAAAGCUUCCUAGGAAGGAAGGAGAGGAUACAUGGAGUCUCAUCAUCGAACGUCCGGUUGGCAACGGCGAUGAUGUCGCCAUGAAUGGUUCAAAUGUGGCAGAUGGUCCCAAGUGGUGUUUGGUGGAGAGUCUUGGUCAGUGGGACGCGCGAUGGGGUUAA